ACCCGAGCUGCGCUGUUCCUCGCAGGCUCCGAGGCCAGUAAGAUAAUCCGAAGCGCCUCCACACGCGGCGCGCCAUGGCGAGCCGAGCACCAGAGCGCGCCACGCACCCCAUCCACCGCUCGCCUUAAGCUUUCCCCCCGCCUCCUGCACCGGGGAAACCGCUCACUCACUCUCUCGCCAACGCUGCCACCGCCACCUCGUACCGCACGCUCGCAACCUACCGACCGGCCGACCAACGCCGCGACAGCUCUCCGUUCACCGCCGAUGUCCGGCGGCGUGGGCCCGACGGCGGGGGGCGGCAUCAUGCUGCCGUCGAUGGGGCAGCCGCCGCCGCCGCUGCACCCGGAGCCCACCUCGCCGACGGCGCGCCCGCACCACCACUACUACCUCUUCUCCAUCAAGCAGCUCAACACGCUGGGCGCCGCCGCCGUGCUGGCCUUCUCCACCACCGUGCCGCUCUCGGAGAUCGCCUUCGCCGUGCUGCUCCUCCCCUACCUCCUCCUCCUCGCGUCGCUCGCCUUCCCGCAGCGCCCCGGGAAGCCCAACCCGUCCACGCCCGUCUUCCUCGGCCCCGCGCGCCUCCUCCUCGCCGCGCACACCGUGGGCGGCUUCCUCGUCGGCGCCGCGCUCCCGGCGCUCUACAUCCUCGACGGCCUCCGCUCCGGGGACACCACGGGGAUCGCCGCCGCGGCCCCGCACGCGUUCCUGCUCUCCGCGCAGGUCUUCACCGAGGGGCUCACCGCCGCCUUCCCGUGGCGGUUCUCGCUCCCCGUCCGGGCCGCCGUCCCGGUCAUGUACAGCGUCCGCAGGAUGUUCGCGGCCGGGGAGUGGCUCCGGCAGGAGAUGGAGGAGAAGCGCGGCGGCCCCGGCGUGGCGCAGCGGCGCGUGGUGGCCGGGAGGGUGCUCGCGCUGGCCAACAUGGCCUUCUGGGGCGCCAACCUGUUCGCCUUCCUCCUGCCCUUCUACCUGCCCAGGGCGCUCCAGAGGUACUACUGCGACGACGGCGUCGACCGCACGGCGCGCACCAACGGCGAUGGCCACGCCGACGAAGAUAAGAAGGAUUCCUAGAUGAUACGCCGUCGCAGUGUUCCUGUGAUGGCUGCGUACGCCGCGUUGCAUGUUUUAUUACUCCAGUAGUUUGUUGCUUUUCUCCCUUCCCUAAUAUUUUGGCCAUGUAAAAUUUCUCAGUAGUAGUGAUGUCAGCGAAUGCAACUGGUACCAUGUAUGCACAUUUACUUGCGUGCGCACGUACGUUUGUGAUGGGACUCUUGAGUUUGAAUGUUCAGCUGAAAGUUUCCAAA